AAGGAGGAACGGAGGGAGUGGUGCAAAGCACGACGAACGAGUCGUCCUUAGUCCGGUUAGUCCUACUCAGAGUGGUCCGGUCUCUCCGGGGCACUAUUUGGUCCCCCGUUCUUUAUCUCGCGCCUCUGCUUCGUUAUGUACCUAAAGCAGUUUUCAUUAGCUUGUUUUUAAUUCAUAAAUACAGUAUCUAUUCACCUGCAUUUUGUCCGAACUCAUUUCGAUGUUCAAGUUACACUUAACGCGCUCUGAAUUAUAAUUACCUAAUAGGGGCCAUACUACAAUUUUGAAUAAUCAAAUUGAUAUAAUAAAAAAAAAAAAAAAUAGGCGGGCGAACACCGCCACGUCGGUGAAUAAUUACCUACGUGAGCAGCUAGCCGCAAACGAGUUAACCAUCGGACAACAGAUAACGGUGAAUCCAUCAUAAAGUGAAUUUGAAUGAUCCGUUCCUCGCACUCUGAAGAAAAAAUUCUAUAGCCGGAUUAUGUCUUGUCGAGCCGUUCUAUCGGUACCUGCAAAAAUUAUUCAGGUGUGACUUUAUGGACUGUAUUAUACAUAUGCGAACUAUUACCACGUGUGGUAUAGCCUAUGGGAUAUGACAGUAUGUGUCCAUAUACUUUUGCGAUUCCUAUGCUAUCAGAAUACAAAAUUUGCACUUAAGUAUAACGAUUCCCGGUGCAGUGCAGGCAACAGGAAGCGGUGAUGAUAAGCCGAACGGUAAAUACUGCAGUGUAUAGCUGGUGGUACAACGAUCACGAAGAAAUAACGGUGUGGAGCUAAGAAAAAAUAAUACGCAGAACGGAAGAGAAAAAAAAUAGGAAUCUAACAAAUACAAUUCACAAAAUAUGUACAGCCUGCCGAAGGCGAGACAAACAUGACUUAUGAGCACAGAUUUGAAAGAACGCGGGGCGCGAAUAAUCCUCUUCUUUCCGAGGACGAAGAAUCGCGAUUUUCUUUGACUACACAUUGCGGUGGAGAUUCGCAUAAAUUUUUACUCACCACUGUAUCGAUAAUGCCCAGCAAAAUUAACCACGGUGAAACACUUUGUGAACUGCUCGGAUUAUGAAACUCUCCAGGAUGAGGAUGAGCCCGAUAUUCUUAACUGCCGCCUGCACCUCUUGGCUUGGCGCAUCCGCCUCCGCUUCACCAUCUACCAGAAGUCAAGUCGAGCUUUCGACCGAGUAUUUUCUGGUCCCCAGAGUCCAGGAUCGUCCUGGUCUCGCCAGCGUUGCGAGUGUCGUUAGCGUUCCGGGACCGAAUCGGACGAUAUCAAUCUUCAGAGGUGGACAACCGGCACGCACUCACGGACCGCAAUCAAACCCUGUACAGAUUCCCUUGUUGAGACAGCAGCCCUGGGCCCUUCCUCUUGCUGCUCUCAGUGCAGCUGCCAUGAUAUUUAUGGCAGGCUUCGAAGUCUUCGUUCUCUUGAAGGCCCGAGCAGCGGUACCGAGUAGAAGGCAUUUAUUCCUGGGGCAAGUUUUACUUUUGGGAUUGUUUUUGCUGGCCGGACUUUCUGCGGCGCCUUCGCUGGCCCCAAAUCCGAUGUCCUGCGGUGCUUUGCGUCUUGUCGGACUUCCCGCGGCUCUCGUGUUCGCCGCACUUCUCGUCAAAUGCGUUUUUCUCCUUUCCCUGAAUAGCGGCGUCUAUUUGCCAGCACCAUAUCAGGCCCUGGUGCUCGUCUUCGCUGUUCUCGUCCAGGUCGCCAUAGUUGGUCAGUGGUUUUAUGGAACCCCGCUAUCCACCGUUUUGGAUUCCGGAAGCGCCAGCACCGCAGAUCAGCCAAAUAGUCUACAUGGAGCGGUUAUUCUGUCGCCUGUGUCAUCGACGUCGUCAUCUAUUUUGCCAGUUGACCAUAUGACAUUGCAUAAUUGUUGUGGUACUCCUGUGGGUCAUUUAGUAGCAUCUUUGGGGUACGCAAGCCUUCUUUUGGUCUCUGUAGGGGGUCUGGCGAUCCGUGCAAGGGGUUUGAGAGACAAUAAUGGGGAGGCAGCCUUCAUCGGACUUGCAGUUGGAGCGUCACUUCCGGUUUGGGUAUCAGGAGGCGUUGGGGCGCUUACCGCUCCUGAAGAAGACCGUGAAGCAUGGUUAGCUUAUGCACUUCUUGCUACAUCGCUUCUCGUUUUUCUCCUGAUGUUUCUCCCGAAGGGGAGACAGUUAGCGGCUCUCGGGAGAGAAAAUAACGCAGCUACAGCUCGUGGAGACAGAGACCCCAGGGAUGAUGGAUUAAGUUCGCUGCCGGCCAGUGGCUAUUCUCCAUCAUUUUUUCACUUCAAACCACCCAACGAUACCUUGGAGUCCAAAAUGCCCUGCCAUCAGAGCACGGAUCGCGUGGCUUUGGUUUCAUCAGGAAUGCCAAGCUGCAACGCUUGUAGAUGCAGCACGAAUCCGUUGUAUCCAGAAGAUGUGCGAGGGCAUGUUGAGACUUUCGUCCUACCGCCUGGAAUGUACCUGAGACCGGAGGAUUCUGGAAAUUUGUAUACAACGUUGUCGGCGAAUCCUAACGUCUUCUUUCAACGAGCUGCACAUCCGGGAAUGAUGUAUUGAUGGAGACAAAAUAAGAAUCUACGGCAUAAACUGAAUACAUUUUUAA